AUGCAGUUCGAUUUUAAAUUCAUACAUGACGCUCGGCAUCAAUCGAUAGAAUAUUUGAGAGAGGAACUAGCCAGGUUAAAGAAAGAUAACCAUCCGCUUCUGCACUCCGUUCGCCGAAAAAUCCUCAAGGACAGGACAAUUCAAGCUGAUAGAACGCAGCGGCAUCGGGAACGUGCAGCACAAAGAGCGAAACAAGAUCGUGACUCGAAAGAAACUGAAUAUCGAUUUGAAAACACUCAUCGGAUAUCUGAACUAAUGGAGGAAGCUACGAAACGGGCCGAAGACAUGGAAAAAAGUUUGGCACACGAAUAUGGCCUAGUUGAUAUCACUAAAGCAAUCGUCGCUCCACUCACAUUCGAUUCUACUAAGAAAACACUACGAGGUCGAGGAGGAGGGCUACUAAUAGAGCCAGCUUCUUAUUUCAACUCAAAUCAAAAUAGUCGGAUUCCCGAAUUCAAAUUGAAUUUGGCGUUCGAUAACGUCAGGAUUCGUGCUGAUCUUGAUGCAAUUCUUAAUCGUCCUGAAGCGCGAAGAAAAGUCUACAGUAUUGUAGCUAUUCAAAAGCCCAAACUUAUUAUAGAUAAUAAGUCUUUCAAACACGGUGAAGAUGUUUAUGCUUGGAAUACCACUUUCGGAAACGUCCUUGCACGACUCGAGAUCACAAACGAUAAGCUGGUUCAUCUGAAAGGGAGCAACAUGCUUUGUGAAAUUGAAUGCCGUGCUCUGAAUGCAGCUCAUACUAUGCUCAUUCAAGAUUUUGAACCAAAAGAUGCAUUGACAUACUUGGAGGGUCAAAAAAUUUUCACUGAAGAUCAUUCAGAUCUUAUUGGUACAAUGCCAACUCGUCUCGAGAGAAUCGCAAAUUUUCUUCGAGCGUAUCGACGUCAAGCUUCUGAGUUGGGCCCGCUCAUCGAUUUUUUCACCUACAACAAUCAAAGUCAUCUGGCUCACUUUCUUGAAGAAUACAUAUAUUUUGCUAUAAAUGAGCCUCAUCAACUUCGUCCUGUUGUGAUUGCCCCGAAAUUUUCAAGGCAGAUGCUUGAUCGAAAACUUCUCUUAGGAAACGUACCGAAACAAAUGAGCUGUUACAGUCGUGAGGAUCACGUGGAACGAGUAAUCGAUAAAUUAGACGAAUUGUGCGAUUUAGAUUCUUUCUUUCUGUUCCUUCAUGGACGUUCUGGAUCCGGAAAAUCUGUGAUAGCUUCACAGGCGUUGUCUAAAUCAGAUCAGUUAAUCGGAAUAAACUAUGACUCCGUUGUGUGGCUCAAGGACAGUGGUACAACGCCAAAAUCAACUUUCGAUCUAUUCACAGAUCUUCUAUUGAUGCUGAAACGAGCCCGUGUUGUGAGCGACACGGAUGACUCGCACUCCAUCACCGACUUCAUUAACCGUGUUCUUUCAAGGAGCGAAGACGAUCUUCUCAAUUUUCCAUCAGUCGAGCACGUAACUUCAGUUGUUCUCAAGCGAAUGAUUGUAAAUGCUUUAAUUGAUCGUCCAAAUACUCUUUUCGUUCUCGACGAUGUCGUACAAGAAGAUACAAUCCGAUGGGCUCAAGAGCUCCGUUUGCGGUGCUUGAUCACGACGCGGGAUGUAGAAAUUUCGAAUGCAGCCUCACCAACAUGCGAAUUCAUCGAAGUCACGUCAUUAGAAAACUUUGAAUGCUAUGAUAUGUUAGAAGCCUAUGGAAUGCCGAUGCCUGCUGAUGAAAGAGAAGAGGACAUCCUACAUAAAACAAUCGAUCUAACCAGCGGAAGCCCAGCUGCGCUCAUGAUGAUUUUUAAAUCGUGCGAACCGAAAACAUUUGAAAAGUGA